GGUAGUUUUAUGUUCAUAACGCCCAGACAUGGCGGGUGCUCGGCGUGGUGCGGGCAGGAUGCUGGGGAUGCUGCUGGGGCGCAGCCCCGGGCUGUGGCAGUGGGGGGCUCGGAUGGUCCUGCACCCUGCCAGAGCCGUCGGCAACAGAGCCAAGGGUGCUCAGGAGGCGGCUUUGCAGACGGCUAAUCCAGGUUACAAAGCGUUCAAAAAUGACAGAAGGCCUACAAAUUUUGAUAAAAAGGUGUUAGUAUGGGCAGGACGCUUUAAAAAGGAGGAGGACAUUCCCAAGCACAUAUCGUCUGAGGUCCUCGAUGCAGCAAGGAACAGCGUCAGGAUAAAGGUUUGCUACAUCAUGAUUGCACUGACCUUGCUGGGCUGUUUGGCCAUGGUAAUCACAGGCAAAGAGGCUGCUAAAAGGGAUCGCACGCUGCUGACGAUGAACAUAGAAAAGAGGGCCAAAUGGAAGGCUGAGGUGGAGAAAGAUGAGGAGACAGCUGCUGGGAAGCCACAAUGAUUGGGAACAGAUUUCUUUUAACUGCAGGAGAUAAGUGAUUUGCACACACGGCAUAUGUACCUGUCUUCAUUUAAAUCUUUGGAGCUUUUUAACUGAAACUCUCAGGGCAAAGAUUUCACUGCUUAAAAAGUGCUCCAUACAAACUGUGAAACUCUUACGGAAACUCCAAGAGCUGCUUUCUGUGGCCUCUGGUCUUUGACGCUGGGUUCUGCUGAAAUACAGAAGUUUCUUCUAAACGGGAAAGUGUGGGAAGGACGCAUGCAGGACUCCUCAGCUCAGGAUUGGCUUUUUGUGGCGCUGCUGAUGCUCAGUGUGGCCGUGUCUCCUCACAGCCAGGAAGGAUGCGGCCCUGCAUCAGAGAUCAUCCCGUUCUGUGCAAUGCCUCCAGGGCAAACAGCCUUGGCCAAAGGGGCCUAGGGCAAAUAUGUUUUGCAAGAACCAAGAGGCCAAUUAUCUCUACCUCUGAGCCUGCUGCCAUCACUGUCCCCUCUCCCUCCCCUCGCGGGGUCCCGUGGCCAGGGGAGAGCGGGGACACGAGCAUGAGGAGGGGCUGGGAAGAAGGAGGGGAGUGAGCAGACCCUGAUGACUGAUGUGGGCCAAAAGGGGCUUUGGGACAGAUGGCAGCGACGUGGAGUGGUAGCGUGGGCACCUGGAGUGGUUCGGUUGCUGUGGGGCAGCCCCGGGAACCCCUGCCCAGCUCAGGGAGCCUGCCCUGGAGGUGCCUCUUGUCCUGUCGCACCUCACUGGUUUCUCGGCUUCUGCUUCUAGUCACCACCACGGAAGUUCUCUAACACUUGGUUGUGAUUUUAGUCAGGAGUAAUCAUUAAUACAUGGUUUGCUAAAACUGGAUUCUUUUUAAUCAUCAUAGUUCAUUAAUUCAUAAUAAAACAGCUGUUCAAUUAUAUCUAAAACAAACGCAUCUCUUCACAGCUUCAUUUAAAGGGUCACCCAACUCUCUGGGACGAUGUUGAACAGAUGGGAGAUAUCCUAAUGAAGGACUGAAUGUUUCGUUUUCAGGAAUUGAUUAAACUUCAGCUCAUGCUUGUGGGCGCUGAUGGUCUGAGCCCCCGUGCGUCAUUCGUAACCCCUCGAGACCCGUAAGAGAGGCUGGUGGAGCUGGGUGUGCUGCGUGGGGUGCCAAGGGACACGGAAUGACAAACCCAGCCGCCUUACCCUGGCUGCCGUAGGAGGUUGCAGAUGCUGUAACCAUGCUCAGCCUUUGUGCAGUGUCCUGAGCAUCGCACCAAGGCUUGGCCUUUGCAAGGUUUGUUACUUGGAGCGGUUGCACUCGUGCUCUGGGGAAGGUCUGGAAAGCUCCUGCUCAGGUUUCUGAGGUUUAUUGUGUCAAAAAUGACAUCCGCUCAUCGUUGGUGUGCCACUACACGAACACGCUGCUGGCAAGGACGGGCUGGGGCAUCGGCAGGCGGUCGGCGGUUGUCGGGCUCUGGGACUCCAUCUCUCUGAUGCUUCUUAGGAGUACUUUUCUCCACGUUCCACAGCCGUUGAGGGUGAGGAGUGAGUGUGAGGGGGCUGUGACAUCUGUCACAGCUCGGUGUUUGCAGUCCUUGUUUCUGACUCACAGCCCCGUGCAGUAGAGUUUACCGAAAGUGAUGUCUGCUCCCUGUGGUAUUCCUCAGGAAGCACAUCUCGGGGAAGUGAGAAUAAUGGUCUAGGACAAGCACAGAGCAAACAAGUCUCGGCUGAG